CCUUGAUCGCGCGCCCCCAGGCGAUGAGGACGAACCAGCAUCCGAAUAGGCCAGAGAGUGAAAGCGCGAAGAAUAUCGCCCUUACUGCCCGCGACACCAUGGCGGGAGGUAGGAACCCGGGACGAAGCUCAUCAGCUAUUCAUUAUCCGAGUACCUUCGCUACCGAAGCCGACACGGGUGUCGUGCGGGGGAGGAGUAUCACAAGUGAUCGCAGCACACCUGAGCGCCCUGGGUGUCUUUCGGGACGUCCCAUGACCGAAAAGACAUGCAUUCGCGUGUAAGGGCAGCCGCUAAGGAGUCACGCGAGCGUGCAGUGGGCGCCAAGAACGUCAUCACUAUCCUUCUUGAUCUGGACAACGCUAAGCUGAAAUUCUUCUCGAGGGUGACGCUUAAGGAAAACCGGCGGGCAAUAUUCGGGAAGGACUGGUAUUUGGUAUAUAUCGAUGGUCGUGAGACAUAGUGCGGGCGUCAUGCUGCUCGCCCCCCGCCUCCAGCCAAUUAUAGCAGGUACAUAGCAGGUACCUCUUUGUAUCGUGAUGGCGACAUGCCAAAGGCUGAGAACCUCCUCAGAUUUGGGGAAGAUUGUGACGAAGUACGUGGCGAUCUAAGGAAGGUGGUCGAAGGGACAAGUUGAUGGGAUCUCGAGCACGCCGAAGCCCUGAUCAAGCUUGAGGAGUACAGUCGAUGUUGGGAACCACGAAUGGCGCAGAAUGGUG